CACCAUGUAACUCCAAACUUACUGUCAUGCCUCUGAGCCCAAGCUAAGCCAUCAUAUCCCCUGUGACCUGCACGUACACAUCCAGAUGGACGAUUCCUGCCUUGACUGAUGACAUUCCACCAUAAAAGAAGUGAAAAUGGCCUGUUCCUGCCUUAACUGAUGACAUUGUCUUGUGAAAUUCCUUCUCCUGGCUCAUCCUGGCUCAAAAGCUCCCCCACUGAGUACCUUGUGACCCCCACUCCUGCCCACCAGAGAACAACUCCCCUUUGACUGUAAUUUUCCUUUAUCUACCCAAAUCCUAUAAAACGGCCCCACCCUUAUUUCCCUUCGCUGACUCUCUUUUUGGACUCAGCCCGCCUGCACCCAGGUGAAAUAAACAGCCAUGUUGCUCACGCAAAGCCUGUUUGGUGGUCUCUUCACAUGGAUGCGCAUGAAAUUUGGUGCCGUGACUCGGACCAGGGGACCUCCCUUGGGAGAUCAAUCCCCUGUCCUCCUGCUCUUUGCUCCGUGAGAAAGAUCCACCUACGACCUCAGGUCCUUAGACCAACCAGCCCAAGAAACAUCUCACUAAUUUCAAAUCUGGACCCCACUGGAAAUCAGACUGUUCAACUCACCUGGCAGUCACUCCCAGAGCCCCUGGAACUCCGGCCGAAGGCUCUCUGACUGACUCCUUCUCGGCUUAGCGGCUGAAGACUGACGCUGCCCGAUCACCUCGGAAGCCCCACAGACCAUCACGGACGCUGAGCUUUGGGUAACUCUCACAGUGGAAGGCAAGUCAGUCCCCUUAGUCAAUACAGAGGCUACCCACUCCACAUUACCUUCUUUUCAAGGGCCUGUUUCCCUUGCCUCCAUAACUGUUGUGGGUAUUGACAGCCGGGCUUCUAAACCCCUGAAAACUCCCCCACUCUGGUGUCAACUUGGACAACACUCUUUUAUGCACUCUUUUUUAAUUAUCCCCACCUGCCCAGUUCCCUUAUUAGGCUGAGAUAGUUUAACCAAAUUAGCUGCUUCCCUGACUAUUCCAAGGCUACAGCCACACCUCAUUGCCACCUUUUCCAAGCCUUCUUCACAUCCUCCUCUCAUAUCCCCCCACCUUAACCCACAAGUAUAAGAUACUUCUAUUCCCUCCUUGGUGACUGAUCAUGCACCCCUUACAAUCUCAUUAAAACCUAAUCACCCUUACCCCCCUCAAUGCCAAUAUCCCAUCCCACAGCAUGCUUUAAAAAGAUUAAAGCCUGUUAUCACU